ACGCGAGUGAUUUGAGUGUCACGGAUAUUUUUUCUGUGUCACGUGAAAUCGAACCUCAGUAUCUGGAAAACUCCCAUUGCCAACGAACUAAGCUGGGCAAAUAACUGAGUUUCCGUUUGUUUCAUUUAUUUCGUAACAGUAGUUCGGCUAUAUUUGAUCCGCCGGCGAGCCAGUCCGCUUCUUCUGUGCCCUACUCCACUUUGCUUCUCUCUCCCGACCAUGGAGAACUACCGAUCCUCUUCCAAGGGCGACGAAGCCGACGACCAGCGCUGGGGCUCACCUCUCAAUCGCAUGCCUUCCCCUCGAUUCCCGGAAUCCGUCCCGCGGCCACCUGUCGGCCUCCUCUCCUCUCCGCAAUCAGUCAACGCGGAAGAAUCCGGUCCUAAUCACGACGUUGUCCAUUCUUCGAUCCUCCAAACUCCCCUGCACGCUGUCGCCCUGGUCGUCGCAGACGAACUGCCUCCCUCCUCCACCUCCUCCUCCGACGACGACGAUAACGGUUCUGCUCGGAAAAAGCAGAGAUCUUUGUCCUCCUUCGUGUCUCCCUCUCCGGCCUCCGCUCCCUCCACCGCUUCCCCGCUCCCGCCGCCGCCGUCUGGGACCGCCGCGGUGAAGAAACCUAAGAAGAAGGGCAACAAUGUGUGGACGAAAUCCACGUCGCGAAAGGGCAAGAAGAAGGGGAAAUCUAGCAGUGCUCACCACGGUGCUGCGGCCGAGGAAACUGUCGUGAUGACCCCGAUGCCCCGGUUUACCGACAGGACUGAUGACACUCCCGACGCCGCGAUCUGCCUCUCGAGGGUGUACAAAGCGGAGAAGGUGGAGCUUAGCGAGGACCGGUUGGCGGCAGGCAGUACAAAGGGGUACCGCAUGGUGAGGGCGACAAGGGGCGUGCAGGAGGGCGCCUGGUACUUCGAGAUGAAAAUCGUUAGGCUUGCCGACACGGGGCACACUAGGCUUGGGUGGACGACGGAUAAAGGGGACCUGCAGGCUCCUGUGGGUUACGACGGGAAUAGCUUUGGGUACAGGGACAUAGAUGGCUGUAAGAUACACAAGGCCCUGCGGGAGAAGUAUGGAGAUGAGGGGUAUUGCGAAGGGGAUGUAAUUGGAUUCUAUAUUAAUCUUCCGGAUGGAACUUCCUAUGCACCAAAGCCACCUCAUUUGAUCUGGUACAAGGGGCAAAGGUACUUCUACUCUGCUGAUGGGAAAGAUGACCCUGCGAAAGUUGUGCCUGGGAGUGAAAUAUCAUUCUACAAGAAUGGGGUUUGUCAAGGUGUAGCUUUCACUAACCUUUUUGGAGGCCGAUAUUACCCUGCUGCCUCAAUGUACACACUUCCUAACCAGCCUAACUGUGAAGUUCGAUUUAACUUUGGGCCAGACUUCAAUAAAUUCCCACAAGAUUUUGGUGGCCGUGCAAUUCCACGUCCAAUGAGUGAGGUUGCUUACCAUGGACUUGAUUGCAAGGUUGAAGGCGUGGAAAAUGGCUUCUCAGAGAAAAUAAGUUAAGUGUAUUUUUUUUUUUCACUUCCACCAAAUGCAAGUUUAUGAUUUUGGUGAGAAAACCAUGAUGAAUGAUUAUGAGGCCUGAUUGUGCUGCUAUUACUGACUCCUAAUCGUUUAUUCCUGGAUUAUUUU